AUGGAGCAAACAUUGGGACAAACGACAGUGGCAACCGUGGACGUCGAGGCAGAACAACAAGGGGACUGCGAAGUGGAACAAGAAGGGGAGGUCGGCGAGUUGAACCAGAGGAGUGGGAGCCAUGAGGGACCACGAGGACCACGUCAACCACAACACGCCGCGGACGACAGGGAGAAGACCGAGCUGGGGGACGAGAAAGAGCGGGAGUCCGAGCUAGACCACAGACCGGAGAAUGGCGUGGGGCAAGCAUUGGAGGAGGGGGCAGUAGCAAAUGACGAGUCGGAGGUGGAACAACAAGGGGGGCAUCGAGAGUCAGAACGAAAUGGUGGCCAAGAAGAUGAGAAAGAACAUGGAGUGCAGAACGAGGAUGACGACGAGUGCAGUGCGACGGGGCGCCUGGAGCGAAACACGCUCGCCAAGUGUCGCCGCAUGCUACUGUAA